CUUCACUCUGCCUGUUAACUGCUUAUCACCCACAGAUUCAUUUUGCUGUUGGAGAACAUUUAAGAAUCCCCCAAUGAGAGCUGAUCUAUUGUGUUUUACACUGUUACAGCUUUAUGUUCCUUCCUGGUAACGUUAUGUCACAGGAUGGAGAACAUGUGCUCUCUCACCCUGAUACUUCUGAGCUUGUCUGGAGCGUAUUCAGACAGUCACUCUCUGCGCUAUUAUUCCAUCGGGGUCUCAGCUCCAGGAUCGGGUCUUCCUGAGUUCUCCAUAGUUGGAUAUGUGGAUGAUCAGCAGAUUGAACUAUAUAGUGGUGAUAUUGGCAGAAGUGUUCCUGUGGCUCCGUGGUUGAGCAGGAAUGUUGGUCUUGAACACUGGGAGAGAAGGACACGGAUUAGUAAAGAAUAUGAGGCUUUAUACAAAUAUGAAGUGAAGGCAGCUGUGAAGAGAUUCAACCACACUGGAGGAUCUCAUUUCGUGCAGGUGAUGCAUAACUGUGAGAUGAGAGAUGAUGGAAGCACCAUAGGGCAUCAGGAGUAUAGAUAUGACGGGGAAGAGUACAUGUACUUGGAUAUGAAAACAGCACUAUAUAUCCCCACCAUGGCUGAAGCUCAGAUCAUCACACAGAGAUGGAACAGUCCGGAUAUAAGAAAGGGGGAGAGGGAAAAGAAUUUUCUGGAAAGUAAAUGCAUCGAAAGGUUGAAAAAAUACCUAGAGUUUGGAAGAGAAGAUCUGGAGCGGAGAGUUCAGCCAGGGGUGAAGGUCCAAGGUCAAGAAUCUACUAAAGUCACAAAGCUUAACUGUCACGUGUACGGAUUUCACCCCAGAGCUGUGUACGUGAAGUGGAUGAUGAACGGGGUGGAUGACAUUCCCUCAUAUGAGACCACACAUGUCCUUCCCAAUCCUGAUGGCACCUAUCAGAUCAGGGUCAGUGUGGAGGUGAUCCCUAAAGAGGGCGAGAGUUACUCCUGUUAUGUGGAUCACAGCAGCCUGGAGGAACCACUCCUUGUAAAAUGGGAACCAAAACAGAACACCUUUUGGACUAUAGUCAUCUGUGCGGUCAUCAGUGCGGUCAUUAUUGUGAUCAUCGUUAUUACUGGAAUCCUUAUAUACAGAAAUCGGAACAAUUACAGAGCGGCCAGCACUUCGGACACAUAAGCUGACAACAGUAAUGAAGUUGCUGAGGAAUCAUGACUCGUGUUGGGAUGUAGGCCAAGAAAGGAAGAAAAUUUAAUUAUUUGGCCUGAAGGUUGGAUGAUAUACAAGGAUCAUUGCUGGACCUCUCCAUUCCCACACUGACUGUGACCAUAAUAUCAACUCAAGACAAUGUCUUCUAGCGGGUUGGGAGUCAACAAUCAGCCCUUCACUUCUCUUCCAGUCUCCAUGAAGCUAUUUUUAACUCCUAAAGACCAAUUUUUUUGACUCCAAGCCUCAUUAUUUUAGUUAAUUAUUGUAAUGUAUUAUGCCUAUGUCACCCCAUACCUUGAAAUAAAUCCAGCUGCAAUUUGUCCCAAGUUGAAUGGUGGUCUCAAUCCAGAGAUAUGAGCGAUUCUAUAUUAUGCAAAGUAGGCACUUGGUGCAAUGAGGGCCUUGCCAUUGCACCUCAUUGCACUUGGAGCUCCAGUCAGUUUUUGUGCUAGCCGCGUCCCCCACUCUGAUUGACAAGUCCAAGCAGUGUAGAGGUAAUUGCGUCUGGCCUGAAAUCUCACUGCUGCGUGCUGUAUGGAUGGAACCUGUACUGUGCAUGCAUCCAUCUGCCCGGCAAGCUCCAGAACUGUACAGCGCAUGCGCAAAUAAGAGAGGCAGCCAUGAGAUUAAAUGGCCAGGCACACUUACCUCUAUAGUGCCUGGACCUGUCACUAAGAGAGGGGAGUUAUGUCCAGCAGAGAAACUUCCUGGAGCUCCAGGUACAACAAGGUGCAAUGGCAAUUUCCUUGUUGCACUAAGGGGAUAAUUUGUAUAACAUAAAAUCACUUAUAUAUCUGGACUGAGACCACCAAUCAACAUGGAACAAAUGGGAUUAGAUUCAGCUCACCAGGGCACAUCUUCAAAGCCUGCUGGAUUUAUUUUAAGGUUUGUAGUGACAGAUUUCCUUUAAAGUGAAUUUCUGUCUUCAAUCAUCAUGAUGUCACGGUCCCUCCCGUGACAGAGGUGAGUUCAGAUAGACUUGCUGCACGUGAGGCUAUCUGACAGGUCUCUCUGUUUUCCUUUUAGCAUGUUGUUGUUUGGCAGGAUCUCACCUCUCCUCAGGUUAUGCUCGUUAUCAGUGACGAGGCUCUAUUUAGGUCCGCCUCACACUGCUAACCAUGCGGUUAAUAUUUCCUGUUGGAGUUGCUAGAGCUUGUUUGUUUUGGAUCUUCUGCUUCUUCAGACAUCCCAAAGCUAAGUGUUUGUUGCCUUUUCUGUUUGUUGUUCUCUGAUGUGUUUUGUUCUAGGCUUUAGGGAGACGUGGGUUUCUUCUUCUGGGAAAGAACCAGCUGUCUUGUCUCCUGCUACCUAUCCUAGGGCUCGUCAGUUUCAGCAGGGGCUAGGUAUACGGUGUAUGAGCAUUUCCACCAUCAGGAUCUGCUCAUACUGGCAGGAGUUAGGGAAAGGCCUAGGGAUUACUAGGAGGUCAACAUCCCCCUUCCUUAGCUUUUGAGGCCCAGACUGUUGUCUUUCUUUUGUGUGUAUCUGGUGUUUUCCCCUUCCCCAUUGCCCGUGACACGUGAUGGUUUUAUUUAGGGCCAAAAUUCUGUGCUAAAUAAUUUAGUAGUAUAUCUUCAUAGCAGUCAGAGCUGUAUUUUUCUGGAGCAUGCUGUCUACCGGCAUCCAUCACUAGAAGGAUCAUGGAAGCACAUUGUAAGUUGUCUUGGUAACAAGUUCUAUGUAUACACAGUAUGCUGUGAGCUCCCUCUAGUGGUGGUCACAGUCCAAAACCAUGUUAUAUUUUAAAGGGGGUUACCAGGAGUACAUAUUCUCAAGAUAGGUCAUAAACAUCAGAUUAGUGGGGGUCCAACUCCAGCUUCUCUGGUGAGCGAUGCGGCAUCCUCGUAUCAAACCAAGCACAGCACCGGACAUUCAUCGUAUCCUUGCUUCACUUGAAUGGGACUGAGCUGCACAUAGCCCUGUGACUAAUGAACGUGAUGUAAUUGGCCUAGGAAGACUGUGUGGGGGUGCCAGGAGUCAGACCAUCGCUGAUUUGAUUGACAUAUCCUAUAGAUGGGUAAUCAGUAUUUUACUCCUGGAAAACGCCUUUAACUCUAUGUCCAUGCAGGGGAUUUGAAACUCUGAUCACGAUAAUGAUAUAUUAACUAAAUUAACUAGCACAGAAAAAAGUACACAAAAUAUUUUUCAAGGGUAGACGUUUAUUUAAAGGUCCAAAAUAUUUUUGGGCUUUUGCAUCUAAGCAUUUUGGUGGUCAAAACAUUUUUGUUUUUAUCGUAAUGUACCAGUGUGAGGUCUUACUUAUGUGUCUACUGUUUUUUGAUUAGUGACUGUUACAUAUUAAAAUGUAUUAAAUGUACAAAUAAUGUGUGUUUUUUUAAGGUAGCAUCCAAUAGAUUAAAAUGACCUUUAAGGUUCCUCUGAUCUUCAUUGUUGGAACAUUGUCUGACUCGACCUGCCCCUGCUAGACUGCAAGAGCAGGAGCUGUAAUCCAGCACCGCGCCACGCUCCGGGAAGAAACACAGCUGUUUUUCUGUUCACAGUUUGAGAGCCGCAAACCGUGGCUCUGCAAGCUGUCCGCAGCCCACAGGCAAUGGGUUGUGCACCCCUGGCCUAGGCACAGCUUAGCCCCAUUGAAGUGAAUGCAGCUUACCUGAGAUACAAAGCAAAGCCGCUAUACAAUGUACGGCAUGGUGCUUGGUGAGCUGAGAGAAGACUACGACACUACUGCAAGCACCGAUGCCUUCUCAACCAGCUGGUGUCGGACCCCACCUAUCAGAUACUAAUGCAUGGACACACAAUGAACGUGUUUCUGGCUGUUUAGAUGCAGGUUUAAACCCUAUCAAACUUUAAGAAACAAGAAAAAACUGGAACCCUGCCAUAUAAAAAAUAAAAACGUGUGUAUAUUUCAGAACA